CUUCGAAGUUCCUGCCGCCGUAUGGCGGAUCAUGAGUCUUUUUCGAACGACGAGCAAAUCCAAGUCUUUUGUUGAUCCCGUAUAUGUCCUCAAGAAGCGGCAAAUCGGUUAUUUCCCUCGGGUCUGGUCGACAUUCUGGAGGUUUCAUGUUCGAACUUCAGCAAGCUCUGCUUGUGGAUCUGGAAACGAGGAACAACAUCAUGGCAAUCGAAAUUCUUCCCCAACUACAGUUCCCACGUUCAUCGACCAUUACGCCGUCCUCGGUUUACCCGGCCCCUUUCCGAGAGAAACGUCACAGAAAACCGCUGACACCGCGAUCAAAACGGCGUACUUUCGAAAGGCGAAGCAGUGCCACCCAGAUGCGAAAGGAAAUAGAGAAGGCGACGCAGCCGGGGCAUCCGCACGAUCAGUCCCUUCGGCUAGUGCGACACCCCAGGAGAAUCAACACGUCGACGACCACUCGCAGAGUGGAGGGAGCAGGAGUGCGCAACUACAGGAAGAGCAGCUUCAAGCUACUUUAAGCAGCUCGAACGGUGCAGCCUCCUUCCUGGCUUUGAACCAGGCGUACCGAGCUCUAAAAAAUGCCGGCGCGAGACUUCUGUACGACCGGGCCUGGAGAGGCAAUUUUCAACCAGAGGAGGUCUCUGUGGCGUUUGAGGAGAAGCGAAACACGGACAAUGUCGCGGAGACGAGGUGGAAGGGGCCAGCGGCCGCUGCGUCAACCGCUCGCACACUUCCUUCAGAAGGUGAUGAACCAAAUAGGAUGCGUCAAGCCCCCUACCCGAAGAGCACCACUGCCUGUGCCUCAACGUCGGCUCCACCAAAAGUGAACAAGCGGCACCACGCAAAUCAUGUUCCCGCGGCAGCAAGUACAGUUUCGUCGUCGUCGUCAAGAGGGAACAAAAGUCCUGCGAAUCGCGCUUUCAACCUGAAUCUAGGGUCCUCGGCUUCCCCAGAAAAGGCCGAUGGGAGCACUGCCGCGCCACCGAGAAGUACCAGCCGAGGAGAGGCGGGGCGAGAUGGGCAAAAAUCAAAACAAGCUGCGCAAAAAGAGCAGCCCAUCAGCCUACAGUACUCGCCAGCCAUGUCGCACGCGCAGGCGAGGGCGCUGUGGGCUAAAAGCAAAACGGGAAGGGAAUACGCAGAGGAAUCUGACGUGAGAAGAAGAAAAAACCGAGAAAGAGACGCGAUUUUGAAAAGCAAUCCUGACUUGCUGUUCCAACAAAUUGUAAACACGUCGGGGGUCUUGAAAAAAAGAAACUUUAAGUGACGCACUUGUAGAUCGAACGCCAGUUGUGAAUUUCUAUUGUAGUAGAUCUAUCCCUACGGUGACGUUUAGCUGCCUUUGAUUCCACAGUGAAGAAAGAUGAUGUUCAUGACAUAGACAUACUCAUGCACUUUUCGUGUGCCUUAUCUCAUUCUCAGCUCUACGUGGUCCCUCGGUCAUUUCUAUCUUUUCUUUGGAGCCACUCCGACUCAAUAGCUUCUGUCAUAUCUGAGCUACUUAUCCCGCACUGCGGGCAAAAUCGGUUUGAAUGAGGCAUGUCACUUCUGAUUCUGUACUUGUUGACGGUAGCACUAUGUAUUGUCUGUGCCAGUGAAGUCCGUCGAGUUGUGGUGCUAGAAAGAAGUCGGUCGCUCGCUUUCUUGGUGCAGCUUGGACUCGCAAUCGUGAAGAGGUGUUGAUCUUGAUCAGCAUUCGUUUUCUACCGGAUUAAUGAAUGUUGAACGCAGGGCUCCCAUUCUUGAAACCUUUUGCUACCCCAUUGAUUUUGCUGACCACCCAAUUUUUCGCAAAAA